GCAAAGUCAGUCAUCGAAAGAUUCCUUCAAAAGGAACGAAACAAUGAGGGAUUCCUCUGUGCCCAAUAGUGUGCAUGGCAAACAGGAGGCAAAACUUGACAUGGACAUGGAGAUGGGGAUUCGUUCUCGAAUGCGGUCCAAGAUUCGAGAUGAUUUGAUUAAUGAGAUUGCUAAGCUUAGCACCCAAGUUUAUCCCUAUCUGCUGGAAGAGUGUGAUGGUUUGCGUAGGCGACUCGAAAAGGUUGAAUGUGCAUUGAGGAGAUUGGUGUCCUGUCGUGGCCUCGCAGUGGCAAAUCCAUCUUUUAAAAAUCCAGUCUUCGAGUUUCCAUCAGAUGAAACUCUGGAGGCUCUUCCGAAAAGACAUCUAAUUGCAAUGUUACAUUCACUUCGAACUGUUGGUUCUGAGCUGGCGCAUAGAAAUGCAAUGUUGGAGGUGCAAAAUGCCAUGAAGUUUCCUGUGAGCGACAACCAGAUGAGGGCAACGGUAGUUAAUCUUGGCCAAUUGUAUAAGGAGGCACGCGAAGAGUUGAUGGAUGCUGUGUUUGUGGACAAAUUCGGUGACCGGUGGGAUUACCACUCCAAGUUUUAUUCGGCUCAGCAUCAUAAUGAGCAGUUGUAUCAGCUUAGGAAAUUGCUUGCCGACGUCGUGCUAGCUCAUUCGCCAAAACAAUUUAUGUAGGAGUUGGGCAAUGUGAAGAAAGAGUUGAAUGUUCUUGCAAGCAUGAAUAAAGAACAUGAAAAAAG